GUUUUUUGUUUUCUUCUCCGAUGCUCUGUUUCCUGAACCGUGUUUUCGAGAGGAAGAAGACGAAGAAUCGGUGAGAACCUUCGACAAGAAUCGAUCUGAUUUCGGAGUGCAUCGGCCAUGGAUUCCUCCUAUUACAGCCAUAGAUAUGGCCAAUGGCAUGGUCCUUUCCCUCCUCGUCCCCCUCCUCCUUCGUCUUCUUCCCCUUCUUCUCUUCCUUCGCCGCGUCCUCAAUCCUACCCCGGAAACCCUAAAUCAAGCAACAAUGGCGACCUCCAUCAGAAUUACCAGCGUCUCUCCCAUCGACACGUGCUUCCGCCUCCGCCGCCACCUCCUCCUGUGGUUAAUCAGCCGCGGUCGUACUACUCAGCCCAGGAGUACCACGCUCUGCCGCCUCCGCCUCCUCCUCCUCCACAGCAUCACCGGUACGAUUCUCAGCAACUUACUUAUGAGUCUCCUAGGAUGUCGUCGCUGCCGUCUCAGUCUUCCUCGUGUACGGAAUCUCGAGGUGUGCCCCAGUCUGCUUGGAUUGAGCGCAAGGACAAUCGACCUGAUUCAUGGAAAGCUGUAGCGGAUUCUGGUCGGGGGCGUAACUAUCAGUUUGAUUACGGGCGCCUCUCGAGGGGUUCUUCUGGUGAUAGCAUUAGUCAUGGUUCGGAUAGAAAUUCUAGGUUUAGGGAUGAGUUGCGCAGCCUUGCAUAUGCGAGACAAGAUUUUGGGGCAGCUAGGAUAGAGAGGAAUUACCAAGAACGGGGUCAGCUUAAAUCAGAAUCUAGUUCUUCUAGGGUUUUAGGGGCCGGAAAUAGGGGUAUUUCGUCAAGCUGUGGUUAUAGCAAUGAUCAAUAUCGUGCUUUGGAAGACCGUGGUAUGAUUAGGGGCUCUGCAGGUAAUGGAAGGUCUGGAAGCCAAAGAUGGGCUGCCGAUGGUGGAGUGUCUAAUGGAGGGAGGACUGCGUUCUCUCAGAAAAAAGAUGAUUACUAUCGUUCUGAGAUUGAACGGUAUUUUCCUAAUGGAAGUAGAGAGGGCAGCAAUGAAUUGAAUCGAACUCCCAAAAAACAAAUGCAAAAGAAAAGUGUUUUGUUAAGGAUUGAACAUCCAAGAUCUAGUCAAAAGGGUAGAGAGAAUGAAAGGUCUUGGAACCCGAGUUAUUAUGAUGAGAACAGGCCUAACUCAUUCAGCAAAGGUCAUCUAGUUCAGUCUGAUCGUGGAUUGGUGGAGAAGCAGAGAGGAAGAGCUCCAGUGGAUCUAGAUGUCACAUUCAAAUCGAAUGUUUUGGUUGCCAAGGCGGUAGAGUCACCACCUACGGCCGUUGUGACUUCAGGUGUUUCAGUUAUUCCUAGAUCUAGCAAAGUUAGAAGAACACUGUCAACUGAUACAGAUGAAAAAGAUUCACUAAAUGGUGGAACUGUAGAAAAAGAUUUCAAAACACAUGUGACAGAUAAGGCAUCUAGUUCUGUGGGUUUCAAACAGCCUGAAAGGCUAGUUUCUGCUUCUGAAAAGGAACCCGACACUCACUCAAGCCCAUCUUCAGUUGUUUCUAAGGAUAACAUUACUGUGGGAAAGCUUCUUGAGGGUGUUCUUUCCGAUUGCAAAGUUAAAAAUACCGAUACAAUUAUUGAAGCUUCAGUAGAUGAUGGUGCCACAAAAGUUUGUAGUUCUGCACUGUCUGGCGAAAAGGUCUCUAGUUCUGAUGAGGCUUUAAAACAGUCCAGGGAUGAAAUUGAUGCUGAACAUGAUAGCAACUUGAAGCUGUCUUCCACAGGGGAAAAUGUUUCUGAUGAGGAUAGAAGCAGACUGAAGUCUCAUGAAGAUGUCUUGGGCAGAAAGGGCACUAGCCGCGGCGCUGGAGAAAUUCUUUCUCCGGAAGCCAUGAAGAAGAAAACAAUUAUGAAGAAAAUGAUGAAAAGAGGAUCCAUGCCUAGUAUGUCGCCUGAAGCACAACCUGCAUCACUUAGUACUGAAAAAACUUCCAAGUAUUUUCAAGGAGGGGUAUGGUUUGCCGGUAUGUCGAUGCAUAUCACUGAGCCUCAACCUUUUGAAGGUAACGUAUGGAAGAAUUGUUUGAAGGGUGUAUCAUCGACACAUUUACUUUUGAAUGAAACAGAUGUUGGGUUUGGAGGAAGUAAAUCUUUAAGUUCAUCUUUAGGGGCUUUGGAUUAUGGAGGAAAAGAAUCAAAUGAGUCAUCUCCAGAAGCUGUCAUGCCCUCCAGUUGUGGUGAUGUCGUUGAUCAGUAUCUUGCCAAGGCUGUUAUAUCAAAAAGUUGUGGUAUCGGAGAAGGCAGUGAGAGGAUCUGCCAGAAGGGGGAUUCUCCAUCUUCUGAUGAUGAGUUCUCUAGAAUUUUUCCUGAGGAUUUGGGUUCUUCAGAGAAUGACAAAUGUGGCACAUUUAUUUUGGAGGCGAAUCAUGUUUCUGGGGCUAUUGUGAAUGCUAACAAUUUUAUUCUUGAGUCAAAUACCACUCCUAGCCUUGAUUCAACUAAAAAGACCAUUGUUCAGAGUGACAGUCAGGUCAGUCCAUCAUUUGGGAGUGUUUAUAUUGAAGGAUCCCUGGAAACAAUUCCUUUCAAGAAGGUUGAAGAAAGAGGCAGCAAUUUUGUCCUUGACGCAGAUAAGCAGACUAGUGUUAAUUUCAGUUCUUCAUCUUCUAAGAAUGUUGCGGGGAAAGGAUCCUGUUAUGCAUCACCUGUGGGAAGAAUCAGUGACUGUGCACCUGGAGUCUGCAGGAAUAAGGAAGGUUUGAGUGAUGAGUCAGAUUCAGUCAGGCCAUUAUCAUCUGAGUUGUGUGUAAAAUAUGUGAGUUCCAAUAAUGUUGUGCCUGAUCAGGACAUGAAUUUAGGAUCUCAUCAUCCUGCUGAGAAUUCUUUUACUGAUGUUUUGGAUAUUAGUCGUCGCAAAACUUGCUUCACAGAGUCUAAUGUCUGGCCUUGCAAAGAGACUAAUGUUAGUCAGGGUGAGUUUUCUUUGGAUCAAGAAGUGAGGGAAAGCAUGCCUAGUUCUUGUGGUAAAGUCCCUGGGUCACCAGCCCUGAUAAUUGACAACAACCUUGCAAUUGGAAAUAUCAAUGAGUCUGACAAGGACACAGUAUUGGGUCCUGAAUUCUGUUCCCCUGAGGAUCAACCAAGUUCAGAAGGAGACAUCUUGCUUGAAGAUCGUUUAGAAUGUAGAUCAUCUGAUGCAACAGGCUCUUUUUGGGAUUCCUCUGUGGAUGAUGAUCUGAUCAAAGAUUCUUCAAUGGUCAGUUCACGUUUGAUUCAUGACAAUUCAGCCAAUCUGCGUCAUCUUUCUCCCCUGCCGCCAGUAAAUGAGCAGAUGUACAAUCAAGCAUCAGUUCGCGUGAAUAGUAGCAAGUGUCAAGGUGGAAUCACAGAGAAGGAAAGUGGUAGCAUUGAAAACUUGGAGGAAUCUUCUGAGUGCAGAACUCGGGGGACUGAUAUUGACGCAAAUAGAGAAGACUCAGUGUUUCCAUGUGGUUCUUUCUCUAUCAUACCAGGGCUGACCAUUGGGCAGGCACAGACUGAAACUUCUGUUGCUGGUAUAGUUGAUAAAACUAGCACCAUUAAAGAAAGUGAGAAAGAAAAUGCGCUCUUAGAUGCUUUGCAAGAGCAAACCAUGACUUUCCAUGAAACAGAUCAGUCAGGCAAUUUCUUGGAGCUUUGUCCUUGCUCAGGUCGAACAUCACCUGGUACAGAUGCCGGAUAUUAUGAGCCUCUUGUGCCAAGCAAUCCAGAUGCAGAGUCAACUGAAAAGCAGAAUGAUGAUCCAAUGGAGAAUUUGCCUGAUGUAUUAUCUGAUGUUGAUUCUCAAGAAAAGUCACUGACAGUAGCAAAUGCUGACAUCUUGCAGGCCGAAGCACCACCAUUUGAUGGAAAGGUUUUUGGGAGUGUCGCUCUUGGUAAUUCAGAUGCACCGCCAUCCAAAUCACUCUCACAUGCUGAUGUUAAGUCUGUAUUGAUUGAUGCUAAAGAUCAUGCAAUGUCUGUACCAGCUCCUGAUUCAAAAACUAAGGCGCUUGCUUUGAGUUCUGCGAGUGAAAGAAUACCAAAGAAGGAAAGCACAUUCAACUAUGCUGUUCAGAAGAAUGGUUCCCAUUCAUCUUUUGUAGUUACAGGGAAAAGAAAUGUCAACCCUCCGACUCGUAUCACAAAACCUAAUACAUGGCAUCGGAAGCGGAAGAGUGACCCUUCUCCUUUAGCAGCUGCCAAGCCGUUGUCAUCUACUUUUUCUACUCAACUAAAAUUGCACAAAGCCACUGCACAGGUUAAUAGUAGUUACAUGCGCAAGGGGAAUAGUCUUGUUCGAAAACCCUCUCAUGGCACUCCUGCUGGGGUCUCCCUUGGCUUGCCUCCAUUAUCUCUCCAGGUGAACCAUAUGGUUGUUGAUGAAGACAACAGCGUGGGAUCUGUUGGAAGGGCUAAUGCAGAUGAGACAUCUAUUCUUGGAAAGGCAGGAGAAACUUACUCUCCUGAGAGGCAGUCAAUACUUCCUUCUGACAUCUCUAAAAUAUCAAACAGCGUUACUACUUCAGGGAAAUGCACGUUAUCUUCUGGCUUGGAUCUUAAUGGUUUCCUUGAAUCUAUCAAAGAUUCCGCUAUAUCUGAAGAAGCUGAUGUUCCGAAUUCUGGUGAGGUAAAAUCUUCUGAAAUACUAAAUCAGACAGGUAUUCCUUCAAAUUGCCAGAAGAAAGAGAAUCCUGCUAACUUGCCGACCUCAAAUCCAAGGAAAGUAUUAUAUGUUAAGAGAAAGUCAAAUCAGUUGGUUGCGGCUUCAGAUGCACUUAGUUUUUGUAAGAGUCAGAUUCCUCCCGCAGAUGGAUACUUCAAGAGAAGUAAAAACCAGCUUGUUAGAACUUCAGAUAGCCAUGUGAAGCUAGCAGUUAUGUCACCUGAUGAUGCCUUAGAUUCACAAGCUCAGGCAACUGCAAAGAUAGUUCCCAAGAGAAAUUUUAACUCGGCGUUCUCUGACGUUGCUGCAGCAAAACCGUUUAAGCGGUCGAAAUUUUCUCUUGUAUGGACGCUAAACGAUAAGCAGCCAGGUGAGGCUAAUAGACUUCAUAUGCAAUGUCAGAAGAUCUUGCCACAACUUGUUCCUUGGAAAAGAGCGACUUAUUGGAGAAAAUUAAUGAAUUCAGUCCCCGUUUUGAGAAAUGGUUCUCUUCCCACCGUUAGUCGAAAAUUGCUGCUCCUGAGAAAGAGACAUACAGUUUACACGAGAUCAAGUAAUGGGUUUUCACUUAGAAAGUCCAAAGUCUUGAGUAUCGGUGGCACACACUUAAAAUGGUCUAAGUCCAUUGAGAAGAACUCGAAGAAAGCUAAUGAGGAAGCCACUCUAGCUGUGGCUGCGUUUGCGAAGAAAAAAAGUGAAAAUUGUUCUGGACAGGAUAUUACCGGAGCAAAGAGCAUGAACCAUCUCGCACGAGAGCGCAUCUUCAGGAUUGGUUCCAUUCGCUACAAAAUGGAUCCUUCAAGGCGAACUCUUCAGAGAAUAUCUGAUGUUAAAUCACCAGGCGCUGGACCUCUGGAAUUUGGAAAGGACGUGAAGAAAUCAUUUAUUCCAAGGAGAUUGGUGAUCGGCAAUGAUGAAUAUGUCCGGGUUGGUAAUGGUAAUCAACUCGUCAGAGAUCCUAAGAAACGAACUCGUGCCUUGGCAAAUGAGAAGGUCAGAUGGAGCCUUUACAAUGUCCGGUCUCGGUUGGCUAGAAAGAAGAAGUACUGCCAGUUCUUCACUAGAUUUGGGAAAUGCAACAAGUGCAACGGAAAAUGCCCCUAUAUUCACGACCCUUCAAAAAUCGCAGUCUGCACGAAGUUUCUGAAUGGAUUGUGUACCGAUCCAAAUUGCAGAUUGACGCAUAAGGUCAUUCCAGAAAGGAUGCCGGAUUGUUCUUAUUAUCUACAAGGUUUGUGCAAUAAUGGAGCCUGUCCUUAUAGACAUGUACAUGUCAAUCCGAAUGCACCUAUAUGCGAAGGAUUUCUAAAAGGCUACUGUUCAGAUGGAAACGAGUGUCGGAAGAAGCACACAAACACCUGCCCUGUUUUCGACACGACAGGAUCUUGCCCUCAAGGAUCGAAAUGCAAACUCCACCACCCCAAGAACCGGAGCAGAAUCAGAAAAAGGAAAAGGGUGAGCGAGCCUUUGCAGAAAAAUGCAAGAGGACGUUACUUUGGCUCGUUGCUCAACGUUCUUCCCGGAGCUGAGCCAGUGUUAGCAGACAGGUCUUCUGCCAAAAACAGUGCAGAUUCCCGAGGGGAAGCUUCCGGCUUUAUCAGGCUCGAUGUUAGUGAGGAUGAAGUGGAAGAGAGCAACAGUGAUACGGUUAACGAGCGAUCGGUGUCGGGUAAUAGUGGCGAUCGAGACUCGAGGUACGAACUAAUCAGACCGGUUGGAUUGAUGCAGAGGUAGGCAAAGAUGCAACUAACCGGAUUUGGGCACAAGAGGUAAGCUUUUCUUUUUAUUUCCCUGACUAAACCUAUGCAUAUAUACAUAUAUAUACACAUCAUCUGUGUGUGUGUGUGUGUGUGUGUGUGUGUGUGUGUCUACGGGUGCGUAGUUUUUUAGCUGCAUUUGGGGUACAAGUAAGUUUAGGGUUUUGAGGGUGGUGGUAGUAGUAGUAGUAGUAGUGGGGGAGCAUACACAAGUCUUACACAGAAUUGUAUCAUAUUCAAUUUCGUCAAACAAUUCGUUAAUGAAAUUUGCUUUUACU